CGAACGACUGCGGACGGCGCAGGAUCUAAAACCGCGCUAGGCGCUGCUCUCCACGCUCGCUCGCUCCGCUCUUCUCUACCCGUGCGAUCUACACCCGGUUGCUUUUUCGUGGGGGAAACCUGAAACACGCAUAUCCCCGUGGCUGCCUACGACCGCGCGCCCGCCGCUACGUGUAACACACUACGAACCUACUACCUUCUGUCCGCCGGAGUUACGAGUGCCACACGCAGUAGUAGUCACGGUCAGGGAGGAGGGUCGCCCGCCGUUUCGCGGACAUCUCUCGCUCGUGCGGUCUCCUCUCUCGACUCGCGUCCGUACUGUCUUACAGUGUGAGAUACCGUCGUGAAUAGUAAACGCGUCGCAUCGUCGUCGUCGUCGUCGUCGUCGUUAUCGCGUCGUUAUCCGUCGUGUCGUCGCGUCCACGCGUUUCUCUCAUACUUGCUCCCGUCGUAACGUCGCGCGCGCGAUAUUGCUCCGAAAACCAGCACGGCCGGUGUUACAAUCAGUGCGCAACGUACAGGCGGCAACCUCGGAUAUACGUAUCACGGGACAGUGUAUUGUCGUGGCAACGCUGUCGCCGCACUGUGUGCGUCACGCGCGUCUUCGGAGCUCACGCGUCUGCUUUCUCGUAAAUGCGGAAUACCCGUGCGAGCAUAAACGUCGGUUGACUGUGUCGCGGCGGUGAUUAGUGCUCGUAAUCGUGACGCCCGUCGCCGUCAUCCGUCGUCUUCGUCGUCGGGCGUCAUCGUGGCUGAUAUCGUGUUGAGGUGCUGUUAACUGGAGGAUGUAAACGUGUUCUAUCAGUGACAUCGGUGUUCAUCGACUGUUGGUGUGCGAAACAGUGAAUCGAAACCGGGACGUCCUGACGCGUUGCAUCGUGAUCGAAUGUGAGAACAUCGCCAGUGGACAGAACGAUUCCGCUUGUGCUACUCGCAGCGGACACCCGAACGGAAUAUCUCCAUGUGGCGCAUUCGACUGGCAAGCCACGCGAUUAUUUCGCGGGCAAACGCGCUCUAAGUAUACUUCCGUCAUCGAAGAAAGCUUGUCAUUGCUCAUCGAUAUUGUUUAUUUGGAAGACAGACGUAUGCGACAACACCACGUGCCCGCGCGUAACGGGCGACCGCUUAUACGGGAUUGAUGAGAGGCGCUUUGACAUUAAGCUAGUGUCUCCGAACGGUGAUACGACAAUGAUGAAGAAGCACGUGCAUCCGGUCGUCGUAGCCGUCGCUCCGGUUUUACCGCAAGCAAUACCCGCCGCCGAGCUGUGCUGACGCUCAUCUGAGAUUAUCCGAAUUCACCGUCGGCUAUCGUCUCGUUUCGAGCGACGCCGUUAAUUUAAUUCUCUCGAAAUACAGAGAAGAGAAAGACAACAGGGAGAAGAAGAAGGUGACGACGGCGUGGAACUCAUCGGAAGAGAGAAAGAGAGUAGCGGAGUGGAACAGCCGUCGGAACACGAUCGUCGAAUGCAAGUAAUACCGAAGUGUGCGAGUGACGGCGCAUCCCAGCAACUGCUUCGAAAACAAGAAAAAGAAAAAGAAGUUUAUCUCGCAGCUUGCCGUCGGCCACCGACGGAAUCCGGAUUUCGACUCUGAUCGCUCGUCUCUUUCCGUCGGACGACUUCGCUAUCUUCGCUACCGCGAAAUCCCAACGUCACGCAGCGCGUCGGAGCGUUUGCUUAGCGCGCUAUAAACAGUGCCGAGGAAGUGUGGUGAAGUGUGCUUACAUUGUGGGAAAAUACAGCCGCUACGGUGGCUCAGCACGCAGAGUUCCCCGGCGCGGCCAGGGCGUUCAUGGCGCAGCCAAGGUACGAUGAUGGAGGGCUGCACGGGGGCUACCUCGAGGGCGGUGGCGGCGGUGGAGGCGCAGGGCUAUACGAUCCACACGGUAGUGCCCGCGGAGUUCCCGGUCUCCAUCACAGUCCACAUCUCGGAGGUAUGGGUCCAGCCCACCCUCAAUACCCACCGCCUCCGCCUCAGCCGCAACAUGUUCUCGCAGCAGCAGCCGCGGCAGCGGCAUCUGCGGUGCCCGAUGUCCACAAACGCGACAAAGACGCCAUAUAUGGACACCCCCUGUUCCCGCUUCUCGCACUCAUAUUUGAAAAGUGCGAAUUGGCAACGUGUACGCCGCGUGAACCCGGUGUAGCGGGCGGCGACGUCUGCUCGUCAGAAAGCUUCAACGAGGACAUUGCAGUUUUUUCAAAACAGAUCAGACAAGAGAAGCCGUACUACAUUGCGGACCCGGAGGUGGACUCCCUGAUGGUUCAGGCGAUUCAGGUCCUCCGGUUUCACCUCCUCGAGCUCGAAAAGGUUCACGAACUGUGCGACAAUUUCUGCCAUCGGUAUAUCAGCUGCUUGAAGGGCAAGAUGCCAAUCGACCUCGUAAUCGACGACCGGGAGAGCUCGAAACCUCCCGAAUUGGGUAACGGUUUGGAUGGCAGCGGGCCGAGGAGCACCGCCGACAGCACCAGUCACACGGAUGGGGCCAGCACGCCGGACGUUAGGCCACCUUCCUCGUCACUCUCGUAUCCCGGCGCGGGGGCUAAUGAUGAUGCACGCAGCCCUGGAAGUGGUGGUACUCCCGGACCUUUGAGCCAGCAAGCGCCAGCUAGCCUGGACUCAUCGGAUCCUGGUAAGUACGAGCUUCUCAACGACCUGAUGAGCAUCAUGGCUUCUAAUACCAACGCAAUGGGAAAAUGGUGUCCUCGUAGAGAAUGGAGUUCGCCACCUGACGCGCAACGCGCGGCGAGCGACGCGCGUCGUGGCGUCCUUUACUCUUCCGUCUUCCUCGGCAGUCCCGCAGGUGACGCGAGUAACGCGAGUAUCGGUAGCGGCGAGGGCACGGGCGAGGAAGACGACGACUCGUCGGGCAAGAAGAACCAAAAGAAGCGGGGUAUCUUUCCUAAGGUUGCGACGAACAUCCUCAGGGCGUGGCUCUUUCAACAUCUCACGCAUCCCUACCCUUCGGAAGACCAGAAAAAGCAGCUGGCACAGGACACGGGGUUGACGAUUCUUCAAGUCAACAAUUGGUUUAUCAAUGCAAGACGUAGAAUUGUUCAACCGAUGAUUGACCAGAGUAAUCGAGCCGGUAAGAUGAUUCCAUAUCUAUUAACAGAUGACACACAAUUUCAUAACACGUACAAUAUUGUGCCACCUUUGGAUGAAGUACACGACUUUUACAUGUUUCCACCAUUGUCCGCAGGACCAAGCGGGGCGUACAGUCCGGAUGCGACGAUGGGCUACAUGAUGGACGGACAGGCGGCCAGCAUGAUGCACCGGCCGCCUGGCGAUCCUGCCUUCCACAAUCAGUACCAUUAUCCGGAGUACUAUGGACAUCACUUAUAAAGAAGUACUUGCACGACGGAACGGCCGGUGGACCGACGGUUCUAGCGACAUGAAAAGCGUGACGGACCUACCGUGUUCCAGCUGGCAUAGACCAGAAUCGGAGGACAACGAUGAUCCGUGGUCUCCAGAACGAUCGCCAUGGUAGCCCCGACGGUUUCUUACCAUGCCGCAUGUCGACAUUCGUGACAUUCGGAUAUCCAAGAAUGAGAGGCAGAGACAUGGAAGGAAAAGGGCAAAGGUUCCCGGUUCAAGGAGGCAAGACGAGGCGGAUGGAACGCCACAGGAGGCCGAUGAGAAGAUCGUGGAACCAUCGAAGGAAGGACGAUUGCGCGAGAGACAGAGCGAAGUCGUCGCGGAAAGUGGCGAUGCGAGGAAAAAAAGGACACGAGGAGAAUUAAGCCGCGGCUUGGUCUGGAGAGUGACGCGGUCGCGAGGAAAUUCAUGUGAUUGUUCUUUGUACAAAUAUCGCGGUGUAAUAUUGUAGUGAUUGAAGAAUUUAAAUGUUAAAUUUUAAUACCGUCGCGAUCGAAAUAUAUUAAUGAGAUAUAAGUGAUAUAUAGGCAAUUUAGCGGGCAUGUACAUUAAAAAAAAGAGGCAAACCCGGUGCUCGCACGGAAUAGAAUGUUCAAGUGCACAGACGACGCAAGAGAGGUAUAAAAACAGAGUACGAGAGAAAAAAAGGAAAGAGAGAUACGAAGAAAAAAAAAAGUAAAG